AUGCAGUCCGUUGAUAUCACUACCUCAAGGAUGGCUAAACUAUUCACAAGUCUCCUAAUUUUACAAUACUUUGUAUCAGCAGAUUCAUCUCCCGUAGCUUCGACUCGACUACCCUCGGCACGUCACUUCGACCUUGAUGGACGAGUCACGGUUUCAGGCGUGGAAAUCCGGUUCUCUGACGCAAAACUGCCACCAGUACAUGCCAUUUAUGGUAUUCGAUAUGCAUCUUUGGGUGGGAGAGUGGAUAAAACAGAACAGAAUAUGGCAGGAAGAAAUGAUCAGAAACCAGCGAAGAGAAGGUUCAUGCAUUCCGUCGCUGCGUUUAUCUACGAUACUCCAAAUAAAGGGCACCUUCAGAAGACCACAAUGCCCCCUGUGUGCCCGCAGCCACAAAGAACGGAGCACAAUGGCGUGGGGGAGGGGCGGGCUGGCCGGGUACCACUCAGCUACCACCUGGAGAAUCAGGCUGAGGACUGCUUGACUUUGAACAUCUUUGUUCCGGAGUUGGGUUUCCUGACGGAGAACUCAUCCAGCUCGAUACGCGGGAAUUUCGCUCUGUUUGACCUUCAGGCCGCGAUUCAAUGGGUCCACUCUAACAUUCACCGAUUCGACGGUGACCCCAAUCUUGUAACUUUAAUGGGCCAUUCCCACGGGGCUGCACUUGUGCAUAUUUUUGCUACGUCGCUGCUCUCAGUUGGUCCAAAUUACUAUGGAAUAAAACGACUCAUCAUGCUGGAUGGUUCUGCGAACGCACCCUGGGCGACGACUACCCGUAACUGCGACCUCAAACACUUUAUCGAAAGACAAUUUAAAAUUCAGCAGCAUCCUUCCGCUUCCAUAUUUGAUUUGCUUCGAAACUUUCCAAUUACCGUUAUCCUGGAAAUACAACGAAACUAUUCACGCCUUGAUCUGGACGGCUGUUUCUCUUUACCAUCAAGAAAACUGCAGGUAACCUCUGAAAAGAAGACACUCUUUGGCAAAGCUGGACUUCUAUACGGACAGACGGGAUUAGCAGGAUCGUUAUUCUACAACAAAGCAAACUUUGACCACAGAGACGAUCAUUUUUUGUCGGCUUUGUCCUACUUGCUGGGGCGCAUUUUCCGUGUGGCACCAUACCCGUUGGCGGAUUUAGUGAAAUACGUAUACACACAAUCUGGUAAACAGACGGAGAAAAGUAGAAAAGACGGCGAAGAAAAAAACAAAAUCCAAGAAGUGUUCACUGAUGCAUUAUUUUGGAGCUCCGGUGUAGCAACCCUCAGACAGCAUUGCAGCGGACAAGAACAGAGCUCAGCAUUUGGCUCGACGGAGCCUUCACGUUAUGCCAUUCAUCUUUCACACGCAGCCUACGGCGAUGACCUUGAUCUGUUACUCGGUGUACCGUUUACUUCCGCUUACUCCCCGAGGGGCAUCGUAGACCGCCUUAUUUCCCAAAGCUUUAUACACUUCUUGGCAAACUUCAUUUACUCUGGGCAAGUUAGUUGA